AGUGGCGGCGGGUUCCAUGCACAAGCCCGACAGCUCUGGCGACUACUUUCAGUUUCGUGCAGAAGAGAAGCCGGCAAGCAGUGUGGCCUGCACCAUGGAUAUAACCCAUAAACCCAGCUCCGGACACAGGACAGAGCACAGACACCCAUGAGACCCUUUUCAUGGGACCCUGGAACACCCACCAUGAUCUAAGAAACCAGAGCAGCUCCUCAUGGAUCCCGACAGCCUCCACCUGGGCAGUGAGAAUCUGUGUGGCUGGCUUGUGAGGCUGCUCAGUACAAACCAGGAAUGGCUGAGAGCCAAAGUGAAGUUCUUCCUCCCUGAUGUGGAUCUGGCCUCCAGCAAUGAGGCGCUGGACCCUGAGCAGAGAGUUGUCCUGCAGCUGGGGAAGUUAUACACCCAAGGGGUGGCCACCUGGCAAUCGUUCAUCCACUGCAUGUGCAUGGAGCUGGAGGUGCCUCUGGAUCUGGAGGUGCCACUGCUGAGCACCUGGGGCCAGGACGACGAAUUACCCAGGCUGCUGGGAACUGGAGAGGAGAGCCGACCUGGAUCUCAGCUCCACCACGGCCUCAAGCGUCCCUAUCAGAGCUGUGAGUCCUCACCCUGCCAGAAGCACAGCAGGAAACACCAGCUAGAGUUGGCCCAGAGUUACCUGCAGCUCCUGAGGACCUCUGCCCUGCAGCAGUAUGGUGAUGGACUCCCUGGACCAGGGAAGGUCUAUGUCCCCCCAGUCCUGCAGUGGAGCCGGGCCACAGUGCCCUUAGACACUCGGGAGGGGGCCAUUAUGGGGGACCUCAAGACAGAAGAUGGCAAUGAUGUGAGCAUCCAGGACCUCUUCAACUUCAGGACUCCCAAGAGCUCUCGAGUGACAGUGCUCUUGGGGAAGGCGGGCAUGGGCAAGACCACGCUGGCCAGGCGGCUCUGCCACAAGUGGGCUGAUGGGCAUCUGGACCACUUCCAAGCCCUGUUCCUUUUUGAAUUCCGCCAGCUCAACUUGAUCCCACACUUCCUGACGUUGCCUCAGCUCCUUUUUGAUCUGUACGUGAGACCAGAGUCGGGCCCCGAGGCUGUCUUCCAGUACCUGCAGGAGAAUGCCAGCCAAGUCCUGCUGAUAUUCGACGGGCUGGAUGAGGCCCUCCACCUCUGUUCCAGCAAGGAGACUGCGGAGCCCAAUGGCUCCGGCUCAGCCUUCACCCUCUUCUCCAGCCUCUGCCGUGGGACCCUCCUGCCGGGCUGCUGGGUGAUGGCCACCUCUCGCCCAGGAAAACUCCCCGCCUGCCUGCCCACAGAAGCAGCCAUGGUCCACAUGUGGGGCUUUGACUGGCUACGGGUGAAGGAGUAUGUGAACCACUACUUCAGUGACCAGCCAUCUCAGGAGGUGGCCCUCAAAGAAUUGCUGGCAAAUGGAUGUCUCCGGAGUAUGUGUGUGGUGCCAGCACUGUGCCAGGUUGCCUGCCUCUGCUUGCACCAUCUGCUCUCUGCAAGCCCCACAGGCCAGUCUGUAGCCCUCCUGCCCACUAUGACCCAGCUCUACAUGCAGAUGCUUCUUACCCUCAGCCCCCUUCCUGCUAUGUCCCUGGUAGGCCUUGGGAAGGUCGCCUUGAGUGGCCUGGAGACUGGGAAGGUCAUCUUCUACAUUAAAGACAUCCCCCCACCCAUGAUGGCCUUCGGAGCUACCCACAGCCUGCUGACCUCCUUCAGCAUCCACACAAGCCCUGGGCACCAGGAAACAGGCUAUGCCUUUGCCCAUCUCAGCCUGCAGGAGUUUUUUGCUGCCCUAUACCUGAUGACCAGCCCCACAGUGGACAAGGGCACACUCACCCGCCACGUCGUCCUCAAUUCCCGCUGGGUGCUGCGGACCAAAGCAAGACUGGGCCUCGAAGAAUACCUCUCCACCUUCCUGGCAGGCCUGGCAUCUCACACCUGCCGUCCUUUCCUCAGCCACGUGGCCCAGCAGAAUGAGGUCUGGGUGGCCACCAGGCAGGCUGCUGUUGUACAGCUGUUGAGGAAGUUUGCCACCCGCAAACUCACGGGACCAAAAGUGGUAGAGCUAUGUCACUGUAUAGCUGAGACUCAGGAGCCUGAGCUGGCCGGCCUCACUGCCCAGAGCCUCCCCGACCAACUGCUCUUCCACAAUUUCCCACUGACCUACAUGGACCUGGCCUCCCUGGUCAGUGUUCUGGAGCACAGGGCUGCGCCCAUCCACCUGGAGUUUGAGGGCUGCCCGCUGGAGCCUCACUGCCCUGAGGCUCUGGCAGGCUGUGGGAAGGUGGAGACACUCAGCUUUAAGAGCAGAAAGUGCGGGGAUACCUUUGCAGAAGCCCUCUCUAGGAGCUUGCCGACCAUGGGGAGCCUGAAGAAGCUGGGGUUAGCAGGAAGUAAGAUCACUGCCCGAGGCAUCAGCCACCUGGUGCAGGCUUUGCCCCUCUGCCCACAGCUGGAAGAGGUCAGUUUGCAGGACAAUCAGCUCAAGGACCAGGAGGUGCUGAGCAUUGUGGAGCUACUGCCCAGCCUGCCACAGCUCCAGAGGCUUGACCUGAGCCACAGCAACUUCUCCAUGUCGACCCUGUUCUGCUUGGUGAAAGUGGCAGUCACAUGCCCUACUGUCAGGACCCUGCAAGUCAGGGAGGCAGACCUCGUCUUCUUUCUUUCCCCAUCCACAGACACAGCUGCAGACCUACAAAGAGCUCCAGACCUAAUGGAAAAAGACAGCCAGCGGAAAGAGUCCCAGAGCAGAAUUCUGGCACUCAGGCUCCAGAGAUGUCAGCUCAGGGUCCACCAUGCGGAGGUCCUCGUAGGCCUGCUCCAGAAAGGCCCCUGGCUGGAGGAAGUGGACCUCUCAGGGAACCAGCUGGAAGAUGAAGGCUGUCGACUCCUGGCAGAGGCUGCAUCCCGUCUGCACAUCACCAGGAAGCUGGACCUCAGCCACAACGAGCUCUCUGUGGACGGGGUGACCUAUGUGCUACAAGCUGUGAACACAUGCCAGAACCUGGCAGAGCUGCACAUCAGCCUGUUGCAGAAAACGGUGGUUCUCACGUUUGCCCAAGAUGCAAAGGAGGAGGAGGGGACCCAGGAGAGGGCUGCAUUUCUAGACAACUUUACAUCCCCAACAGCCUCUGAGCCUUACCGAGGGAUCAGGCUAACACACUGUGGCUUCCGGGCCAAGCACCUAGAGAAGCUCUGUAAGGCGCUGGAAGGAAGCUGCCUCCUCCCCCAUCUUGGACACCUCGACUUCUCAGGCAACGCUCUAAAGGAUGAAGGGGCCAUGCUGUUGGCCCAGCUGCUCCCAGGGCUGGGAUCUCUUCAGUCCUUGAACCUCAGUGAGAAUGGCAUAGCCCUGGAUGCCGUGUUCCGUCUGACCCAGUGCCUGUCCACUCUGCAAUGGGUUUGCCACCUGGAAGUAAGCUUUGAGAGCCAGCACAUCCUCCUGAGAGGUGACAAGAGAGGCAGGGACAAACUGGCUGGUGAAUCUUUGCCAGAAUUCCCAGCAGGAGCUCAACUUGCAGGUUUCCAUCAGCACUGUGUCCCCAGGAGCUUCUGCCUCAAGAAGUGUCAGCUGGAGCCUCUGAGCCUCACUCACCUCUGCACAGCUCUGGAGAAGUGGUCAGGGCCACUGGAAGUCAAAUUGUCCUGUGAGACCCUGAGCGACCAGAGCCUGGAGACCCUGCUGCACUGCUUGCCCCGGCUGCCUCAGCUAAGCCUGCUGCAGCUGAGCCAGACAGGACUGCCCCUGAAAAGCCCUUUCCUGCUGGCCAGCAUUGUCAGCCAGUGCCCACGGGUUCAGAAGGUGGAUCUCAGGUCCCUGCGCAAUGCCACACUGCGAUUCAGGUCCAGCGAGGAGCAGGAAGGUGUGUGCUGUGGGUUCACGGGCUGCAGCCUCCGCCAGGAGCAUGUGGCGCCACUGUGCCGGGCACUGAGCAAGUGUGAUUACCUCUGCCAGCUGGACCUAACAGCCAACCUGCUGGGUGAUGACGGGCUCAGGUGCCUUCUAGACCACCUGUCACAGAUGCCCAUCUCUGGCUUGCUUGAUCUGAGUCACAACAGCAUCUCUCAGGAAGGUGUCCUGCACCUGCUGGAGACUCUGCCCUCCUGCCUGCGUGUUGAGGAGGCCUCUGUGAACCUGGGCUCCAUGCAGAACUUCUGGGUUCGCUUCUCCAAGCAGGAGGAGGCUAGGAUGACCCUGAGGCUGAGCGAGUGCAGCUUCGGGCCGGAGCACGUGGUCAGACUGGCCAGCAGCGUCAGCCAGGCCCUCCAGCUGACCGGGCUCACGCUGACCCGGUGUUGCUUGGACCUGAAGCAGCUGACCAUCCUUCUAAGCCUGCUGAGGCGGCCAUCGGGCCUCCUUGGCCUCAGGGUGGAGGAACCGUGGGUCGGUGGAGCUGGGGUGCCUACCCUGCUAGAAGUCUGUGCCCAGGCCUCAGGCAAUGUCACUGUCAUAAGCAUCUCUGAGACCCAGCAGCAGCUCUACAUCCAGCUGGAAUUCCCUCGUCAGGAAGAAAACCCAGAGGUGGUGGCCCUCAGGUUGGCUCACUGUGACCUAGGGACCCACCACAGCCUUCUUGUCCGACAGCUGAUGGAGACAUGCCGCCGGCUGCAGCAGCUCAGCCUGUCCCAGGUAAACCUCUGCGAUGCCAGCGAUGCCACCUUCCUGCUGCUGCAGAGCCUCCUGCUGUCCCUCUGUGACCUGAAGACCUUCCGGCUGACCUCCAGCUGUGUGAGCACCCAGGGCCUCACUCACCUGGCGUCUGGACUGGGCCACUGCCACCACCUGGAGGAGCUGGACUUCUCCAACAAUCAAUUUGGUGAGCAGGCCGAAGAGAUACUGAUGGGGGCCCUUGAGGGGAAGUAUAGGCUGAAGACACUCCACCUCAGUCACCUUCCUCUGGGCGGCCCCACACUGGCCACGCUUACUCGAGAACUAAGCCACAUGAGCCUCCUGCAGCACCUCUGCCUGAGUCACGACCAAAUUGGAGACACCGGUGCCCAGAACCUAGCUGCUAUCCUGCUGGGGCUGCCUGGGCUCAGGAAGAUAGACCUCUCAGCAAAUGGCAUCAGCCUGGCUGGAGGACUGCAGCUGGCGAAGUCCCUCACUCUUUGCAGACACCUGGAGGAGGUUAGGCUUGGCUGCAACGCCUUGGGGGAUCCCACAGCCCUGACACUGGCUCAGGGGCUGCCCCAGCACCUAAGGGUCCUACACCUGCAGUCUAGCCGUCUGGGCCCAGAGGGGGCACUGAGCCUGGGCCGGGCCCUAGAUGGAUGCCCACAUGUGGAAGAUAUCAGCUUGGCAGAGAAUAAGCUGGCCAACUGGGUCCCACGUUUCUGCAAGGGGCUCCCACUGCUCAGACGGAUGGACCUGGGUUCCUGUGAAAUUGACAACCAGACUGCCAAAGACCUCGCUGCCAGCUUCAUGCUCUGCCCAGCCCUGGAGGAAAUCCUGCUGUCCUGGAAUCUCCUGGGGGACGAGGCAGCUGCUGAGCUGGCCCAGGUUCUGCCACGGUUGGGCCGACUGAAGAGAGUGGACCUGGAGAAGAACUGGAUCACAGCUGCUGGAGCCUGGCUCCUGGCUAAAGGGCUGGCCCAGGCAUCUGGUGUCCAUGUCAUCCGCCUCUGGAACAACCUCAUUCCCCCUGCCGUGGCCCAGCGUCUGCAGAGCCAAGAGCCCAGGCUGGACUUCGCCUUCUUUGACAACCAGCCCCAGGGCCCCCGGGAUACUUGAUGACCUUCUCAAGACUUUCAGAAUCCAGCCAAAUGAUGCCAAUGUCACCUAGAGAGAGGGCUCAAGAAAGUAUGCUCAGCUGGUGCCCUGCACCUGCUUCAGAAAGGGGGAGAUGUGUUCAUCCUGCUGUGGUCUUCAGGAUGGACCAUUUGGGGGCCUAGGAGCUUCGUGUGGCUAAAGCAUUACCAUGCAUCAUGCAUGAUGUGAGUGACCCAUGAAGAUGUGUGGCAGAGUGAGGGUGUCAUGACUAGUACAGACAUCAAAGGGCAUACGUGGCAGUGUAUGACCUGUUGACAUGUGGUAUUACAUGGAAUUGCAGUGUGACACAUGGUCAGUGGCAUGAGUUCUAGCACUACGGGUGGUAGGAUAUGUGAUUGUUGAUCUAUAUAUGACACAAGUGUCCAUGUCACAUGAUACAUGGCUUGCCAGAUAACUGCAGGCAAGCCUGAGAUCUAAUUAUUACUUUUUAAAAAAGAAAAUAUGUAUUUAUAGAUUGUAUUUCCAGAGCAGCUGAUCCAGGGAGAGCUUUCUGCCCUGAACUGGGAGAGGAAGAGUAUCUAAGUACUGUCUGGCCCAUGUCUGGCCAUGCUGGAGAUUUAGCCAUGAAGUCUCCUUCUGCCUCAAACCUCAGUUUCCCCAUAUGUAAACUGAGUAAACUAGCUUCCAAGGAUUUUAGGCCUGGGCUCAGGUAGAGCCAGUCUGACUUGGAAGAGAUCAGGCCUAUUCUGUCCUAUGCAAGGGACAAAUUCAGGUCCCUUAGGAAAAGGUCAUUACGCAAAGUCAUUGGGUCAGUCCACUACCUCAGCAGGGAUCCAGGUGAGCACCACAUGUUUAGCAGUGUUCUGGUGCUCUUCCAAGAGGGGCCAUGGAAGGCCCUGCUGUACUUCAAGCAGUCUGAUCAAUAAAUAGAGAUGCUUUCCAGCCUCUA